AUGCACGAAUCAGCCACUGACAAGUCUACUCUUGACAAAUACGAACAGCAUUAUUUUUCAUCUUACGAUCACUUCGGAAUCCAUGAGGAGAUGUUGAAAGAUACAUCACGUACGUUGAGUUAUAGGAAUGCCAUGUAUAGAAACAAAGAUGCUUUCAAGGGCAAGGUCGUUCUUGAUGUUGGAUGUGGUACUGGUAUUCUUUCAAUGUUUGCAGUUAAAGCUGGGGCCAAGCAUGUAUACUCAGUUGAUAUGUCGUCCAUAAUUGGCAGGGCCAGAGAAAUUGUUGAGUUGAACGGAUUCAGUGAUAAGAUCACCUUAUUGCAAGGUAAAUUAGAAGAUAUCAAGUUGCCAGUUGAUUCCGUUGAUAUAAUAAUAUCUGAAUGGAUGGGGUACUUUUUGCUUUACGAGUCAAUGUUAGACACCGUUUUGUAUGCCAGAGACAAGUAUCUUGUCAAGGGAGGAUUGAUCUUGCCAGACAAGUGCCAGAUGUACAUUGCUGGUAUUGAAGAUGGUGAAUAUAAGGAAGAAAAGAUUCAUUAUUGGGAAGACGUGUAUGGAUUUGAUUAUUCGCCGUUUAUCAAGACCGCAAUGGAAGAGCCUUUAGUUGAUACUGUGAACAAACAAGCUUUGGUGACUAACAGCUUCAAGUUUUUUGAGUUUGACAUCAACACAGUUAAGAAGGAGGAGCUUUCUUUCAAAAGAAAGUUUGAGUUGUUUGCCACUGAGGACGAUAUGUGUCAUGCGUAUAUUGUUUAUUGGGACGCCAUUUUCCCUGGAAAGGAAAGGGUCACUUUGCCCACAGGUCCAAUGAACCAGUAUACUCACUGGAAGCAAACAGUCUUUUACAUGGACCAGGUUUUGGACUUGAAGAAAGGUGACCUAAUCUAUGGUGAGAUUUUCGCGAGACCAAGUGCCGUAAACCCCAGAGAGUACGAUAUUGAUCUCAAGUGGGAUUUGCAAACCGAAAACAAUGAUGCCAGUAGGAACCAGAAGGGUGAGUACAAGUACUUCCUUCGUUAA